AAAUAAAGAACAUGGCUGCUGCCAAGAGGAUGCUCUUCUCUCUCGUCUGUUUAGCUUCUUAAAAGUUAAGUUAACCACUUAACAUGGUGUCAGAAGUGAACACAGGUUUUGUAAAAAGAGUCUGUCGGAGAUUAGCAGAUAUUACUGGAGAUGGCGAAGUUUUCAGCACCGGAGCAGUUCAACUUUUCCAAGCCGGAGGACUGGCCGGACUGGAGGCAACGUUUUUCCAGGUACCAGGUCGCAAAGAGCCAGCCAACAUCCAAGGUAUUUUUUUUUUCUGUUUUUGUGGUAAUUUUUUUCUGUUUUUCGUGGUAAUUUUUUUUUCCUGAACGAGGACACGCGAUACUUCAAAAUCUCGCGAGAAGCUCCCACCUGGCACCUGCAAGUGACCCCUGCAUCCAUGGUGACUCCUGCUCAUGGAUGUAUUCUGCAUCCGUGCUCCUGCUCCUAGACAAUUUCAACUACGGGAUCAAUAAGGAUGACAGUGCAACGCCGAGCAUGGAGCAUGAGGCCAUGGAGCUACAGGAUGUGCCAAACUCCCAGAGUGAUGUUGGGACCCAGUGGGAGGACUGCACACUGGGUGACCACAACUACUCCUCAAGUCUCCCCCUGAUGCCUUUACCCAACACAGCUGACCAGGGAACCCAGUGUGCCGAACCGCUCCACAAGAAUCUGCUUAGGACAGAAGCUCUCUCUUUGCUCUAUACUGGUUUGUCAGUCGCUGCCUUUCAUUCAGUAGCUGAACACCUUAUACCUCUCUACAAAGGAAGCUUCCAGCUCGACCCAACAGACCAGCUUCUGUUGACUUUGAUGAAGUUGAGGCAUAAUCUGCUCCAGGAUGACUUGGCUGAAAGAUUCUGUGUGUCCCAGAGCGUCGUUAGCCAACUGCUGAGCUACUGGAUUGAUCAUAUGGAAGAAAACAUGAGAGAGUAUAUUCCCUGGCUUCCUCGGGAAACUAUUCGUGCUACAAUGCCACAGUGUUUUAAAGAUCACUACCCAGGCACAACAUGCAUCAUUGACUGCUCUGAGACUCCCCUCCAAAAAGCCAGGAACCUGGACUCCUGAGGAGAGUCUUUUAGCCACUACUAUGCCCAGAACACUGUGAAGUACCUGGUGGCAGUUGCACCAUGUGGCCUAAUAAUGUUCAUUUCCCCAGUUUAUGGAGGUAGAUGUAGUGACAAGUUCAUUACAUCUGACUCUGGGUUCCUGGAGUACCUGCAUCCAUGUUACGCCCCACCUUUAAGCGGCCCUAUGGGGCGAACAAAACUCCAAACACUGACCCAGCAAUAACCACAUAAACACCUUUAAAACAUUCAAAUCCAUGGGAUUUAUUAGAAUUAAGACAGGCAAACAAGACAACAAAAAACCCAUGGU